CAGAAAAUGAAAUAUCUUAUGAUACCAAGUCUGAAUAUUUUAAUAUAUAUUCAAGUGUAGCAGUUGAAUUGACUGAUAUUAUUCGAACAGAUGGAAAAUUUCAUGGUAAAGAAUGGUUUAGUAACAUUGCUAUUUCUUCAGAAGAUCCAGAAUGGUAUAGAAAGUAUGAAGAAGUAAUAGAUGGAGAGGAAAUGUACGAGUGUUUAAGAUUGUAUCUAAGUGAACAUUAUAUGUGUAUUUAUUUAGACUCAGUAGAUAUAUCUGUUGAAGUUUAUCAAUUUUUAUCACCUGAAAAAUUUUCCUGA